AUGUCUACUCCUGCAUCAAUUGAUGAAUCAUCUGUUAAUGUUAAUUCUAUUGGAAGUGUGGGAAAUUUUGAUAAUACUGUUAAUGAGGCUAAUAAUGUUGAAGUUAGUGAAUCACCCAUCAAUGUUAAAGAUGAUGAAGUAGAAGAGAAUCCAUUUGCAGCCAAGAAAAGAAAGAGGACCUCUAAAGUUUGGGAUGAAUUUAAAAAAGUUACUCUCUUAGAUGGAACAAAGAAGGCAGAAAGAUGGAAUGCUACAUAUUACAUGCUUCAAUCUACUUUAGAUUUAAAGGAUGUUUUUCCUAGAUAUCAACUAAGAGAUUCAAACUACCAUUACUUGCCAUCCGAGGAAGAUUGGAGUAAAGUCCAAACUGUUUGCACAUUUCUUGAAGAACUUCAUUAUGUUACAAAUGUCAUUUCAGGUUGUUAG